UGUCUUGCUACAAAUUUUGCCAGCGGACCAUCCGAGAAACGAAGCCGCCCCCUUGGUUUAAAGAUCUGCGCUACCAUUGUUGAACAAUUGAGAGUAAAGGAGAGAUAUUGCAGCCCAUUCCUCCAUAUUUUUAGAGAGAGAGGGAAGGGUUUUGUAGAGAGAGAAACAUAGAUGGCGGCAAGCAGCCUGGUAAAGCUUAACCUAUCAGCUUCGCAAUGGAUCGGCGGUCACAGCCUCGAUCACAGAGUCUCUGCACGCCCAUCGGCCCGCAGGGUUAUGAUGGCGCCGAUCAGAGCAAGCGCAUUCGCUGAUGAACUCGUCAAGACCGCCAAAUCGAUUGCUUCUCCUGGACGUGGGAUUCUUGCCAUCGAUGAGUCCAAUGCAACAUGCGGGAAGAGGCUUUCAUCGAUUGGUUUGGACAACACCGAACCCAAUCGCCAGGCUUACAGGCAGCUCUUGCUAACCACUCCUGGUCUCGGAGAGUAUAUCUCAGGUGCUAUUCUUUUUGAGGAAACUCUCUACCAGUCGACCACUGAUGGUAAGAAGUUCGUGGACUGCAUGAUUGAUGAGAAGAUCACGCCCGGUAUCAAGGUUGACAAGGGCCUGGUUCCUCUCCCGGGAUCGAACAAUGAGUCGUGGUGCCAGGGCUUGGAUGGUUUGGGCUCAAGAUGCGCUGAAUAUUACAAGCAGGGGGCUCGUUUUGCUAAAUGGCGCACUGUAGUGAGCAUUCCUUGUGGUCCUUCUGCCUUGGCUGUGAAGGAAGCAGCAUGGGGGCUUGCACGAUAUGCUGCCAUUGCUCAGGAUAACGGCCUCGUACCCAUUGUCGAGCCUGAGAUCCUUCUUGAUGGGGACCACUCCAUUGACAGAACCCUUGAGGUGGCAGAGAAGGUGUGGGCUGAGGUAUUCUUCUACUUGGCAGAGAACAAUGUCAUGUUUGAGGGCAUCCUUCUCAAGCCCAGCAUGGUGACUCCUGGGGCUGAACACAGAGAGAAGGCCUCCCCUGAGACCAUUGCCCAGUACACCCUUAAGUUGUUGAACAGAAGAGUCCCACCUGCUGUUCCUGGGAUCAUGUUCCUGUCGGGUGGCCAAUCAGAAGCGGAGGCAACCUUGAAUCUGAACGCAAUGAAUCAAGCACCAAACCCAUGGCACGUGUCAUUCUCCUAUGCUCGGGCCCUGCAAAACACAGUGCUCAAGACAUGGCAGGGACACCCUGAGAACGUGGAGGCCGCUCAGCAAGCAUUGCUCGUGCGUGCCAAGGCGAACUCCCUCGCCCAACUUGGCCGUUACUCAGCUGCAGGCGAGAGUGAGGAGGCCAAGAAGGGGAUGUUUGUUAAGGGUUACACCUACUAAAUGUGGAUGAUGGAUGGUGUGAAAGGCACCCCCUGCCUUUUUGUGAUAUGAAUUUCCAGGGAUCUUGGCUACCGGAUCAUAGUGUGAUAAUGUAUGAUGGCAGUGCUUAGGAGUUCUUAGGGAGUUUUCGAGUUUGGUAGUGAGAGGACAUUAGAACCAGCUCCAGCUACAAGGCUUUUCUAAUUAGUUUGUCUGUAAUGGUGGUUUGAAUAAUCAUUUCCUGAAGUUGGAAUCGUAAAUAGACAAUCCAUGUCCAUUAGUUCGAAAUUUCUGAUGAAUCUUUUUUGUGCUUAAAGACAACUCUCUCUCGCAAGAGAUUUCCUAAGAAUGCAAAGCAAAAUUGUGGAGCGA